ACACAAACACGGAGGCGUAUUCAUGAGGUCUAACCACGCCUCCGUUAGACUGCGCUUCCGUGUUUACACACCCACUAAAACAGGAGACUCCAGCGGCCGUCGGGCGGCUGUUUACCGAGCAAGCACAGAGUGGCAGUGAGGAAAGUGACAGUCACACGGGAGGCUCGGUGUAUGGUGAAACACAGGUGAUUUCAGCUUCCACGGUCGCAUUUUAAAGCGUAAUGUUCACUCGAAGGGGGCAUGGAGACGUCAAGAAAUCUACACAGAAAGUUCUGGACCCAAAGAAGGAUGUGUUUACCCGGUUCAAACACCUCCGGACUCUGUUAGAUAUCAUUGACAAGAGUGAGUUGAAGACAUUCUUUGAGAGCAACAGUUCUCAGAUUUAUUUUAUCUUCUAUGAAAAUUUCAUUACACUGGAAAGCAACUUAAAACAAAAAGGGAACAAAUCUCAAAGGGAGGAGCUGGACUCUAUCCUCUUUAUUUUUGAAAAAAUCCUGCAGAAUCUGCCUGAGAAGAUCUACAACAGAUGGCAGUUUCACAGUAUAGGUUCUAUUCUCAAAAAGCUUCUGCACACUGGAAAUUCAUUCAAAAUUCGCUGUGAGGGGAUCCGUCUCUUCCUGCUGUGGCUGCAGGCCCUAAGGGACCACUGUGCAGAGGAGCAGUUCCUCAUCUUUGCCUGUCUGGUGCCAGGAUUCCCCGCUGUGCCCUCCUCCAGAGGGCCGUGCACCCUCGACACCAUCAUUUACAACCCUUUCUCCAAUCCCCCGGAUGCUAAGGUGGUGCCUGAGGAGAUCACCCCACUGGUUCCAGCUGUGGCAGGUGAAAAAGCUGCAGAUGACCUGACCUGUUAUAUCCUAGAAAUACUGCUCAAGUACAUGGUCAUCCAGGCAUCCAGUUUAGAAUGGAAGAACAAAGAGAACCAGGACACAGGCUUCAGGUUUCUCUUCACCCUGUUCAAGAAGUACUACCUUCCACACUUAUUUCCCUCCUUCACCAAGCUCACAAACCUCUACAAGCCUUUAUUAGACCUCCCCCACCACAGACCAAAACCCUUGUAUGUGCCAGUGACACGGAACAAUGAGAGCACCUUCUGCACGAGGGAUCAGUACCUGGCACCUCGUGUGGCCUUCAUCACCUGGCUUGUCACUUUCUUCCUGGAGAAGAAGUACAUCAGCAGUGCUGCUUCAGCGCAGAGCGCAAAGAACGGCACCGAGGUCAUUCCCAAACUCAUCCAGACUGUCACUGCAGGCAGUAGCAGCCAGGAGAAGGAUAAGGCAUCAGAUGGGGAUACAAACGGACCAGCGGGGGAGCCUGAGAAGAGCCACUCCAAUAGCAGCACCCUGUCAGAUCGACGAGCCAGCGAUUCCAGUUUGUGUAGCGUUGAGGAGGAGCACCGCCAUGUUUAUGACAUGGUGCAGUCCAUUCUGCUCUCCACCCGGGACAAUGUGAACUUCGUCAAUGAGAUCUUCCACCAGGCUUUUUUGUUGCCAUCCUGCGAAGCUUCUGCAACCAGGAAGGUCAUCAAAGUGUACAGGAAGUGGCUCCUGCAGGAGAAACCCUCCUUCAUGGCAGAGCCCGACAGAACUGCUCGGGAAGAUGAAGUGGACGAAUGCUCCCAACAGAUUAUCAGCACCGAGACAAAUAACGUGCACGUGCAAAUGAUGGAGAGUCACAGUCACAAGCGGUCGUCCAGCUGGGGUAGGACCUACUCGUUCAGCAGUGCCAUCAAUCAGGGCUUCAUCACCGAGGAGGAGAACAGGAACAUCAAAGCCGGCAUCCAGCCAACACUACAGGUGUUUCUGACCAAUUCAUCCAACGUGUUUCUGUUGGAGCCAUGCCAGGAUGUACCAAAACUCCUGGAAAAUCAGGUUGAGGUGUGCAAGGGUGUUCUUAGCAUCUAUCGGCAUAUGAUCAUGGAGCACACCAUGAAUACACAGACGUGGGAGCAGAUGUUGCAGGUACUACUGAGAAUCACAGAGGCUGUGAUGAAGAGGCCACAGGACAACCAAAGAAAAGACAGCUUUGCUGAAAGUUUAGCAUCUUUGCUUUUUAGGACCAUCAUUGUGGCGUGGGUACGAGCCAACCUGUGCGUAUUUAUCUCCCGGGAGCUUUGGGAUGAGCUGCUGGCAGUGCUGUCCUCUCUUACCUGCUGGGAGGAGCUGGUGACAGAAUGGGCCAGCAUCAUGGACUCGCUUACGGCUGUGCUGGCACGCUCCGUUUAUGGCUUGGACAUGGCCAACCUGCCUCUGGACAAACUCAGUGAACAGAAGGAGAAGAAGCAGAGAGGACGCGGAGUGAUCCAGGACUCUCAGAAGGCAGCAGCAGUUGCACGCUCAUUCUCCCUGAGCUGGAGGAAUCAUGGGGAACAGGGCGGGCCACCAGUACAGGAGCCCAUGAGGAUUCGCUCAGCCACUACUUCAGGAGCACCGGGUGUGGAGAAGGCCCGGAACAAUGUCCGACAGAAGGCCUCUGAUGUGGAGGAGUGUCAGCUGUCAGAGUGUGGGGGAGAGGAGGAGCUGGGAGGCAGAGACAGUCCUCUGCCGCGUAGCAGCAGCACCUCAGACAUCACCCAACAGCUGUCUGAAACCUUACCAGUCCAGCAGAGAGAGUACUCGCCUACUUCCUGUGGUUCUGAUAGCAGGAUGUCUGAGGGCAGGACUGAGAGCACUGAGCCACCAGUGAUCCUCAUCCGACGGACCAGCAGCUCAGCUGAGACCGAGUGCAAUGCCGAGGGACACGCCAACUACACGAGGCCCAAGCUCAGAGAGAAAAGUGAGAGUGUUAGUAGUGAGACGUCCAACGGCUACCUGAAUGAAGCUGAAGUUACCUGGCAGGCGUUUGAUGAGGAAGCUGAUAAUCAGUCCACACAGUCGGCACACAUGGACGUGACAGCUGAUCCUCAGAGCCAGGGGAGUCUGCUGCUCAGCCAUAAUGAAGCUUUAGCAGGUCCUGAGUGUGCUCUCCCUACCCACUCCGCAUCCCCGUCCUACCACCACAACCACCAAAACCACUACCACUACCCCCAGAAUCCCCCUGCUUCACCAGCCCUGCUGGUGCACACAGAGUGCCCACGGGAUUGCCCCCUGGACGACACCAUGCAUCAGUCUGUCUUACACAUGCCACACCACUUGGAUAGCAGCGAGUUUCUGGCUGAUGAUGUCAGCAUCAUUGCUGGUGGGACUCUGACUGGCUGGCAUGCUGAUUCAGCCUUUGUCCUGUGGAGGAGAAUUUUGGGUAUCCUGGGAGAUGUGAACAAUAUCCGCUGCCCCAAAAUCCAUGCCAAGGUCUUCUCCUAUCUCUAUGAGCUCUGGCACAAGCUGGCCAAGAUUCGGGACAAUCUUGGGAUCAGUGUGGACAACCAGUCUUCUCCGCCCCAACCUGCCUUCAUCCCGCCUCUUCGAAUGCUUGCGUCCUGGCUUUUCAGGGCCACCAUGCUGCCAGCAGAGUACAAGGCUGGCAAACUGCAGGCCUACAAGCUGAUCUGUGAGAUGAUGACCAGGCACCAGGAUGUGCUCCCCAACAGUGAUUUCCUGGUGCACCUUUACCACAUCAUGCACAAGGGCUUCACGAGUGAUGACCCAGAUGUUUUGAACACCAUCAUCCGCUCCUGCCCUCCUCGAUUCUUCUUCCUCGGCCUGCCGGGCUUCACAAUGCUGAUUGGAGAUUUCAUCGCUGCUGCUGCCUGCGUCCUCACCUCUGGCUCCUCAGAGGCUCCGAGGGUGGAAGCUCAGACGAUCCUGGGCUCCCUCGUGUGUUUCCCAAACCUGUACCUCCAGAUUCCUAUACUGCACCGUGUGGCUGGCUCUGAUGACAUCAAUGUGAGCAAUGAGGAUAUCAAGAAUUACUUGGUCAACAUCCUGCUGGAGACGGCAACGAAGGAGCACUAUGAAGGGGCGAGGUGCAUUGCUGUGUGCAGCCUGGGUCUGUGGGUGUGUGAGGAGCUAAUGCAAAAGAACAUCCACCACCAGGUUAAAGAUGCCAUCAAUGUUUUGGGAGUGACACUAAAGUUUGGGAACAAAGCAGUGGCGCAGGUAGCCUGUGACGUCUUUCAGCUGCUCAUCUCUCACUGGGAGCAUCUCCAGAGGUUGGAGCCCACAUUCCCAAAGAAAAUUAUUGAGAUCUUUGUGGCCACAAUAGCCUUUUUGUUGCCGAGCGCAGAGCACUCAACGGUGGAAGCGGACAAAAAGUUGAUGGUAUCACUUCUGCUUUGCCUGUUGGACUGGUGCAUGGCUGUUCCCUUGAGUCUGCUGCUUGAGCCUAUCACCAUGCCUUCACUGGAGGACCACACAGCCCACAAGGCCCCGCUGCUGGACUACAUCUACAGGGUGCUGCACUGCUGUGUGGCUGGAUCUAACCUGCACACCCAGCAGAGCCACUAUCUGCUCACCCUGUCUGACUUGUCCAGUGACUAUGACCUCAUGCUGGGUCAGGUUAAGAGCUUCGAGCCACCCCCGUCACAGGCAACCACCACGGACUUUGGCAACCUACUCACUGUGGCUGAGGAAAAGCGUCGCCGCAACAUGGAGCUGAUCCCGCUGACGGCACGGAUGGUCAUGACACACCUUGUGAACCAUUUGGGCCAUCAUCCCCUGAGCGGCGGCCCCGCUCUCCUCCACAGCCUCGUGAGCGAAAAUCAUGACAACCCAUACGUGGAGUCGUCCGAGCUGUCCUCCGAGGUCUUUAAAAGCCCCAACCUGCAGCUUUUUGUCUUCAACGACAGCACACUGGUGUCCUACCUGCAGAUCCCUGCCGAGACUCCCACCGUCGGACAGCCCCUUCACACUUCCUCCCAAGUGCGCAUCAUUGUCCGGGACAUCUCGGGCAAGUACUCGUGGGAUGGUGCCAUCCUCUACUGCACCGCCCAUGAAGACUUUGAUGUGGGAGCCUUUAAACCAGUUGACCCUUCCCUUUCUGCAGCCACUGCAGUCAACCACAGCAGAAACCCACCCCCCUCCCCAGUAGCACUGCACAAGCGUCAUUGCUCAGGCUCCGAUUGCCUCUCCAACUCUUGCGAGGAGGAUGAGUUUGAUGUUCUCGAUAAGCUUUUGGAGGACCUCGGACACAGCAGCCCAGAAUGUCUUCCCCAGCCACGACUUAAGCUUAACCAGCCGGCCGCGUCACCCCACGGAAUGAACCUUGAGCAAGAGAACGCCAUCCUGGAAGCCAUUCAUCGUCAGACUCAGCAGGAGGAGGAGCAAGUGAGGAGGUGGGAGGCUGAUGUAAGCUUUCGGGCUGACUGCCAGAGGGAACCAUCCCACCAGGAACCAAAAGCUCCUUUUUACUUCUGCCGGCUGCUGCUUAAUGAUCUUGGCAUGAACUCUUGGGAUCGCAGGAAAAGCUUCCAUUUGCUGAAGAAAAACUCUAAACUCUUACGGGAACUGAAGAACUUGGACUCCAGGCAGUGCCGAGAGACGCACAAGAUUGCUGUGUUCUACAUUGGAGAAGGCCAAGAAGACAAGUGCUCCAUUUUAUCUAACAGUGCAGGAAGCCAGGACUAUGAAGACUUUGUAUCUGGACUGGGAUGGGAGGUGGACCUAGCCACGCACUGUGGCUUUAUGGGCGGACUCCAGAGGAAUGGCAGCACAGGUCUAACGGCUCCUUAUUAUGCUACCUCCACUGUGGAAGUCAUUUUCCACGUCUCAACGCGUAUGCCAUCUGAUUCUGAUGACUGCCUCACCAAAAAGCUGCGUCACCUGGGAAACGAUGAGGUGCACAUAGUGUGGUCCGAGCACACCAGGGACUACCGGCGCGGCAUCAUCCCAACUGACUUUGGAGAUGUGCUGAUAGUCAUCUACCCAAUGAAGAAACACAUGUAUUUCAUCCAGAUCAUGAAGAAACCACAGGUUCCCUUCUUUGGCCCUCUGUUUAAUGGCGCUAUCGUCACUGGGACACUGCUGCCAAGUUUAGUACGGGCUACCUGUAUCAAUGCCAGCAGAGCUGUCAAGUCCCGGCUGACUCUCUACCAGAGCUUCUAUGAGGAGCGGGCACUCUACUUGGAGGCCAUUGUUCAGAACCAUAGAGAGGUCAUGACCUUUGAAGACUUUGCCUCACAGGUUUUCUCCCCCUCCCCUGGAUAUCCAAUGAGUGGGACAGGGUCCUUCACCGGCAGCGGAAGCACCGAAGCCGGAAGCAUCACCACCACCACGACAGACUCAGUCGACCAGGUGUCUCCCACCAUGCCCCGUGCCACAAAGAACAGAGUUUCCGGGAAACUCCGCCGAUCAGCCAGCGCUAUAAGCAAAUCCUCCAACUGAGCUCUUCAGCCCGUCCCCCUCUACCCCCUACCCGAGUGCCGCCUUCAGUCUUUUCUCGAAAGACCUCACAAACCCAGCUGCGACUGCAAGAAAUUACUUUGAUGUUUCAUUUUUUUUCCUUUUUGUGACAUGUAAACAUUAACUGGAGCAUACGGCAAUUUUUAAUUUAAGUGGCAAUCAUUGAUUUCUUUGUCAGUACAUUUCACUUUGUUGUGGUGUUAACUGAGACGGGUGUGUACGUGAAAGUAAGCUAUUUAUGUUCGUUGGUUUCAGCAUAGGAGGUACCUGCGAUGAUUUUAUCCUCAUUUUCUAGAGUGCUCGCGUGCGCUAGAAAAACACUUAAAGUUCUUACUGUAGUAAGGUAAUGGGAGACUGUUUUACCCUGUUUCUGUAGUUCCUCUGUCCCAGCACUUCAUGUAACAAAGCACUGAUGACACAGCUGUAAAUGACACCACGCUAAAACUGCACAAGAGUUUGGUAUCCAUUUAUAAAUAUGUCUGCCUUUUAUACCUCUUUUUGCAUCCGCCACAGCCUCUCUGUGUCAAAGAUGCCAUUUCAGUUAGCGGCAGUGUGAUGCCGUCCCAUCUGCGUUGGGGAAUGAUGUUCCUGCAGGGAAAAGCACCGAUGGAUGGGGACAGCCUCCCCUGAAUGUUUCGCAUUCGCUGCAAUAGUACACGGGAUCCCUGCAGCAUGUGCAGCCAGAGGCUGUUUAAUUGUUUUGAACUCGGAGUGGACAAUCGAUGACGUCUUUCUAACUUGAGCUGAAAUGACAUUUGGGUUUCGGUUUUUUUACCACUCUAAUUUUCCUUUUUAAAUGAAUUCCAAUGGAUCGUGUCAUUAUUUGAUUUAUGCAACUGCGCUGGAAUGAGAAAACACUGCGUUUGUAAUUGUUUUCUGAUGUCGUUAACAUAGGCUCAUGUCCGGUAAUUGAAUAAGUUCCUGCUGUCUCUUUCCUCUGCUAUCAGUUUCCCUGUCCUGUAAAGCCGAGACAUCGACAUUCCAACAUUUCCAACAUUCCCAACACACACCGACCACGCUCUUUGCACUCGCUCUCGUCAGUUAACAUCAAAUGUUUCUUUGUUCUUGGAUGUAAAUUGCUUUAAAUAUUAUUUGUUGAUGUCAGUCUGUUGGAUGGACUAUUUGAAUUAUUUUUUGCAGUGUUGUGUGUUCGUGUGGUGUUUAAAGGAAAAAUGCCGUCAGAGCCUCAGGUAACUCCAUGCACUGGUGUGUGUGUGUGUGUGUGUGUGUGUGUGUGCGCGCGAGAUUGUGUUUGUGAGGGAGCUUCUCACAGUGCCUGUGUAAUGUCUGUCUUCUAAGAUGAUGUCCCACAUUAUUUCCACACCCCACAAUCAAAUCUCAGCGUCCCGUCUCCUCCUCAGGAGUAAAAAUCAAAACAAAAAGUCUCUUCCUCCCCCUGCGUCUCUAAAGUUCACGUCUCACGAAAACAGCAACAGAUGGAUUUUUGGUCUUUAUUUAUUGGUGGUGUGCUUCCACCUUCUUUGUGCCAGUGGCAUCCAUUCCUCCUCUUUCCCAUGAUCCUCUUCCCAUGUCAUGGCCUCCUGAGGCCACGGGAGGGGGUGGCGGUGAGGAGGAGGAGGGGACUGGGUUUAGGUGGCAUGCCAGAGCUGAACUCUUAACAGUCCUCCUAGCAACAGCCAGCCCGCCUCGCGCACUCCUCCAACCUGCCAGCUCGGGUUGUCAUGGUAGCCAGGUGUCCCCCGCCUCCCCUCCCUCCCACUCACCCGCAAACAUACUCACUCACAUAAACACACUAUAGACUCUCACCCUCUGAGGGCUCCACCUAAGCUGCAACACUAUCCCCCAUCUGUUGCACUACUAUGCCUUACUUUCCCUGCGUUCCUCUGUCAGUUUCUUCACCAUCUCGCCUCCUGUUGGUCCGUUCCCCGAGCAGGAUGUGGGGAAUCCCCGCAGCAGGAGGACUGACAGAUCUGUGCUCUCUUUAUUUUAUUUGUUGUUGUUUUUGAGGAAUGUAUAGAUAUAUAGGCCUGGAUCACAUCUAUGGUUUUAAUUUUCCCCAAAGCCACUUGAAGGAACUGACCAUGAUGCUGAUCCAAAGAUUGUAGCUUAUAGAAUGUGUCUGUUAAAAGGAGGGCUCGCGCCUUCCUUCCCGAGGAUUAGUCACUGGGGGCGUUAGUUCGGACCAAGAUAAGAUUGUGUGUCUUAUACGCGUGAAGAAAUUGAGAUAGUCUUAGUUUUAGUUAUUUUCUCCUUCUCGUUUUAGAAAUCCUUGUACAUUGUGUCAAAUUUGAGGGCUUCAUCGCACUCUGGAUAUAAAUAUAUUAAUGCCUGUAAUAUAAUCUUUGUAUAAGAGGGGUAAAAGCUUGAAACUUUCAUCAUUACUUGUCAACAUAUCAAACUGUUUUUAAUGACCGAAGUCCUGCUAUCUUUAUUAGAAAUGUGAAAACUGAAACAUUUCAUUAAAUCAAUUUGAAAUUCUA